AUGCAUUGGACAAAGUUAUUUCAUCCGAGGACUCAUGCAAAAAAUUCUAGCGGGGAAGAAGGGGAAAAGGUUGAAACUGCUUCCGGAGAAACUAAUGAUCUGGUAGAUCAAGUGGGAAAACUUGAUCGUGUAAUAGGAAGAGACGAAGAGGUUAGGGAAGUGAUUAGCAUUUUAUCUGGAAAAACCAAGAAGAACCCUCUUCUCAUUGGAGAACCUGGUGUGGUUAAAUUGGAUGUUGUCAAAGGAUUAGCUCAGAUGAUUUUCAGAGGUGAUGUCCCGAUAAAUCUUCAUAAUGUACAAGUAAGAUGGUUGGAUAUUGUGCACACAAAGGACAAACUGAAAGCGGUGUUGAAAGAGGUGCGAGAGGCCCAAGGGAAAGUCAUAUUGUUCGUUGAUAACAUCCGCCUUGCUCUUGGAUCUGAAUGGUCAAUGGAUGCAACAGAUCUCCUUCAACAUAUGAUUGCCACAGGCCAGUUAUGGUGCAUUGGUGGCACGACUUUAGAGGGUUACAAGAAAUUAUGUCUUGAAAAGGAUGCUGCUGUUAACAAGUAUUUCCAUCAGGUUUUGGUUACUGAACUUAGCGUUCCUGACACCAUGAGUAUUCUCUGCAGGCUUAAAGAGAGAUACGAUGGUGUUGGAAUUCUUGAUUGUGCUUUGGUUGUAGCUGUGCAACUUUCGAGCCGAUACAUAACUGGUAGAUGUCUGCCUAAUAAGGCAAUCAAUCUGGUUGAUGAAGCUUGUGUGAAUAUGAUAGCACAACUUGAUGAAAUACAUAAUCUCAAAAGAAAGUUAACUCAGUUAGAGACUGAUUUUCAAUCUUUGAAAAAGGAGAAAGACAAAGCAACCGUAGCUUGCCUUGUUGAGGUAAAGAAAAAGCUUGAUGAUUUGAAGGAUAAAGUUGUGUUCAAGAAUAAGAAGAAGAAGAAAGACACAAGAGACGAGAUCCGUAGGCUAGAAGCAGAAAGAAAUAAUUUAGCAAGGGCUAUUGAUUUGAAACUUGCGUUUAUAAAAGGUGAUGAUGAAAACGUAACAACAGUAGGAUCUUAUGAGAUUGCUGAGGUGGUCAGUCGAUAUAUCGGCAUACCUGUGACGAAACUCCUCAGAACCAAAAUCUUUUAA